CGAAGCAUAAUUAUGAUUUAUUGAGGGCACAAUGUGCAAAAUAAUGCAAAAAUAGUGACAACUAAUAUGAGCCAUCAGAUGUGGCAGCGGCUAGAGAAGGCCCAGUAAAAACCAGCCACAGGAUCAAAAUUCAAGAAAAAAUAAAAAAGAAAAAUGGGACCUCCAAAUUCAGAUAUUUUGAGUUGAAAAAAAAAAAGCAGGAAAAAAAUAAGAGCUCUACAAAACGUAUUAGUAAUGGUGAAAAACUAAAAAUAUCCAAAAAUUUCAACUGAGAGCGAUUACUCCACAUUCCCUUUCUCCGGAAAGAGAAAAAUUGAAUCUUGGCGAAAAAUGGGGGAAGUUGUGGUGAGCAGUGAAGAAGGAAUCGGGGCGGAGGUUGAAGCACAAAAUCUCGUCGGCAGAAACAGGAAGAUCGCGGUGGACGGCGGCGGGGCUACGGCGGAGGUGGUGGCAGCGGCGUCGGGAAGUUCGUCGGUCGUGAGGUGGGAGAGGUUUCUUCCGAAAAUGGUGGUGAGAGUGUUGUUGGUUGAAGCCGAUGAUUCCACUCGGCAGAUUAUUGCUGCCCUUCUCAGGAAAUGCAGUUACAGAGUUGCUGCAGUUCCUGACGGCUUAAAAGCAUGGGAAGUACUUAAAGGAAGUCCAUGUAACAUUGACCUUAUUCUAACAGAAGUCGAGUUGCCAUUGAUCUCUGGAUAUGCACUUCUCACUCUAAUCAUGGAGCACGAGGCCUGCAAAAAUAUCCCUGUAAUAAUGAUGUCAUCACAAGACUCGGUUAGUACAGUUUAUAAGUGCAUGCUGAAAGGCGCGGCUGACUUUCUCGUGAAGCCCAUCAGAAAAAACGAGCUGAGGAAUUUAUGGCAGCAUGUAUGGAGAAAACAAGCUUCGAGCACUGGUGCUGGGCUUGGACCUCCAGACGAGAGUGUACAACAAAAGGAUGAAACUACUGAUGAGAACAAUGCCAUUAGUAACCAUUCAAGUGGUCAUGUAUCGUGCAUUCAGAGAAAUAAGCAGUGCACCUUAAAGGGAAGUGAUGAUCAGAGCUCAUGCACAAAACCGGAGUUGGAGACUGAAGGAGAAGAGAUUGAAAAUGGCUAUUGCACCUCACAGCAACAAAAAGCUAUGGAAGAUUGUCAUCAAGAAAUGGAAAAACGAGCAUAUGAUAACGAGACCAAAGAAACACAUGCAGUGGGAGACAUAAAUGCUGAGAAAACACGUGCCCUCGAGAAUCCUUGUAGAGAAGCCAUCGAUUUAAUCGGAACUUUUGAUAAUCACUCAAAGGGAAAUUUCAGAAGUUCACCUCCGAACGCAAGUGUAAACAAAUUCGACAUUUUUCCUCUAUUGGACCUGUCUUUGAGAAGGCCUCAUCACAGUAACUCUCUGAAUCUAUCAAAUGAUGAACAGCCUAGAUUAAAUUUAAACCAUUCAGAUGCAUCGGCCUUUUCUAGGUACAUAAACAAGCCAUCAAAAGAUCAAGAAAAUGCCCCCGAAAAGCACGUUCCUAUGCCCUCAAUCCAAUUAGGACCCCAACAAAUCACAUUCUCUUUCUCUCACUCUCAGAACAAAGAAAUAUCUCAUCCGAUCCCAGUCAAAGGCGUAAGAUUCGAAAAUGCAAACAAUGCCUAUAAUAAUUCCAUUAUACCUUCACUCUACCGCGCCCAAUCAGGCUCAUCCUCACUGUCGAGCCCCAGUACACCUCACCACACCGAAUCUUUCCCACAGUCAAGCUUAUUUUACCACCUAUCAGAAAAUCAGCCGGCCAGUUCUCAUCAGCAGGUUAUUACAGAUAAAAAAAACAUUGGUAGUUCAAUUGUUGAACCGGAGAAUAAACCGGAAAAUGGGCUCGGUUCAUCUGGGAAUGAUGAGAGUGGUAAUAGCAAUUUAUGUAGUGGCAAUACAGUCCACGUCAUCAAGGGCCCUUCAGAAUAUGCCGGUCAUGAAGAGAGCUCACGUGUUGUUGAUGAGGCAUCUAAACGGUCCAUGCAGAGAGAGGCCGCUUUAAAUAAGUUUCGUAUGAAGAGGAAAGAUAGAUGCUUCGAGAAGAAGAUGAUAGAUGAACUGAGUGAUUCUAAUAAGUUCUAA